AUGCAGACGGCCGCCGAAGUUGCAUUCCAUGCCUUGGAUGCAAACAAAGAUGGUUACAUCGGCAAAGAUGAGUUUGUUGCUUCCCUGGUGGGGCUUCUGAGCCACAGCAACGCGGAGAGCUUGUUUGAGUCCCUGGAUCUGGAUGGGAAUGGUAGUAUCGAUCUCGAAGAGUUUCGCUGGAUGACGCAGGAGCUAUCAGUGAACGACAUAGAGUAUGCCUUCAGUUUCUUUGAUAUGAACGGCCAUGGGCGUGUGUCUAAGAAAGACUUGCGGCUCUUCUUUUCACAACGUGGCUUGAUCCGUGAGGCAGAGCUUGAUGAUAUGAUCCGUGCUUUAGACACAGACGGGUCAAGCACGAUUGACGAAGAUGAGUUCAUCUCAUGGCUUCUUCGUGUGACGGGCGCGGGAGUUCCAUCGGUCCCAGGGACCUCAAAGACGUGCACCAACCGUGCCCAGAGGCGCCGAGCCCGGGCAGCAGUCGCUCGGCGCCAUGGCGCAAUUCGGAAGUUCAUGUCCGCAGUAUGCGUUGCUGGGGCAUUGAGCCACUGGGAGACAACUAUCCUGUGCCAAACCGGUCGUGUCCUCCCAUCGCAGGUCAGCGACGAUCCGCUGAGCAAAGCAGAGAAGAUGUCACGCUUAGAGAUCAUGUCGGAGCGGCGCAUCCGCGACUUGCAGGAAGAGAUCUGCAACCUCAAGGGUUUUGUGAGGCAUUUGCGAGCUGGCCCGUGA